UACAUCUAAAUACAACAUAUUCCCAGUUUAAAGUAAACACUGAAUUUUAUAGCAAUAGAGCAAAAACUGGACAGAACCAACAAGCUAGUAAGCGUUGCGACAAUCUUCGUGCACAGCGGACCGAAGGUUCGAACAGCGUACCCCUCAUAGAAAUGUGAACUGUGCGUUGUGGGCAGUUCGAAGGUUUAUGCAAUGUUCUAGUUUGGCCCACGAGCACACAAGGAGAGCGCGAAGAGACGGCAACGGCAAUAGAGCGCCGUUUAUACGUUCAUAUAAUAAGUGUACACAAAUAGCGUGUGUUGAGCUGCGAGCGCAACGCAUCCAAAUGACUGUUACUGUGACCAGCACACAUGUAAUGGAGGCACAAGCUAAAGCAACAAUUUUGCAAUCUGGCGGGGGCGGUGAGCAGCAGCAUGGCUCUGACAAGUCGGUCGAUGUGGCUGGAAAGGAUGUUGAUUUAGCUGGCGCGCCAGAUGAUGAGAUGACCGUUCUGUUAACAAAUCAAAACUACCAUUUUGACGCAACAUCCGAUAUAGAAGAUGCUUUCGUGGAGCUAAAUGGUAGCAAAGAUGUGGAGCUAGAUGCGGCUGUUGGUGGUAACCACCAUGCGGAGCAUCCGCAAGUCACCUGGCUGGACGAUGAUGCAAUCGAUGCCCUGGAUCGUGUCACACUGGAUAUAGGCAAUAUGUUCUUUAAUCGCGUUGACAGCCAGGACAUCAUAUAUCAACAGAAAAAGAAGAACAUCAAAAUGGUGGGCAAAUAUGUGAUGGGCGAUGUGCUAGGAGAGGGCUCCUACGGCAAAGUAAAGGAGGCCAUGAAUUCGGAGAACCUUUGCCGGCUGGCCGUUAAGAUACUCACCAAGCGAAAGCUACGCCGCAUACCCAAUGGCGAGCAGAAUGUGACACGGGAAAUUCAUUUGCUGAAGCAGCUGAAAAACCAGAAUGUUGUCCAAUUGGUCGAUGUGAUGUACAAUGAGGAGAAACAAAAGAUGUACUUGGUCAUGGAGUAUUGCAUUGGCGGUUUGCAGGAGAUGCUGGAUCAUGCGCCGGAAAAAAAGAUGCCGCUCUAUCAAGCGCAUCGGUAUUUUCAACAGCUGGUGAAUGGAUUGGAGUAUUUACACAGCUGCCGGGUGAUACACAAGGACAUCAAGCCGGGUAAUCUACUGCUGACGCUUGACCAAACGCUCAAGAUAUCCGAUUUUGGCGUGGCCGAGCAGCUGGACAUGUUUGCCCCAGACGACACCUGCACAACGGGUCAGGGCUCGCCUGCGUUUCAACCGCCAGAAAUUGCCAAUGGACAUGAAACGUUUGCAGGCUUUAAAGUGGACAUAUGGAGCAGCGGCGUUACCCUCUAUAAUCUGGCAACGGGUCUGUAUCCAUUUGAGGGCGACAACAUCUACCGAUUACUGGAGAACAUUGGCCGGAGUCAGUGGACUGCGCCCGACUGGCUAUAUGAUUUGGAUGAAAGCUUUGCCAAAUUGAUAUUGGGCAUGCUGCAAGCAGAUCCAACUGCGCGGCUCUCUCUGCAACAAAUACGCAAAGAUGCUUGGUUCCUGUCCGCACCAGCGGUGACUGGCCCACCGAUACCCAUUCCUCCACUUAAGGGCGACAAAUACGGACGUUCCACAGUACUGCCUUACCUAGAAGCUUAUCAUUAUGGCAACGAACAGGAUCAGGAAGAUGUUUACUUCACUGAGCACGAUGUCAAUCAGGAAUUGGCGCGACGCGCUGCUUCUGCCGCAGCCGAGAUACGCGCUAACAGAACCGCUGCUGCCAGCGUGGCGUGCCAUUCGUACGAGCCAUCCACAAGUGCUGAAGCUGAGGCUAUGGUCAACGGCUCCAGGGAGGUGACCACGGUCAAGAAAAAGGGCUCUGGCUUGAAGCGUCGAGCUAAAAAACUUGUAUCCUGCAUCUCAGUGCGCAAGCUGAGCCAUUGUCGCACAUCGUAGGCCCUACCCAAACCCCCCCCCUAGUUACUAGAGUAAUAUGGAAAAGUAAUAACUUGUUAACAAAUUGUGAGCAACUUUUUGGUUUUUGUUUUUGUUUUUGUUGUCUUACAUUCGCCAAGUAUUUAUUAAGAUAAAACGAGAUUGAGAGGGGAAGAGAGAGAGAGAGAGAGUAAUCGAGGCACACACUAAGAGCCGACACCUUAAAUUAGCUUAGAAAGCUGUUAGGCAGGCAGCAGAAUGCAAGUAAGAUCCAAGUGACAAUACCGUGUAUUAUAUGAGAAAGUUAUUUAGGUCGUUGAUAUGUAUUAAAUGUAAAGAACAAACACGUUGAAUAAUUGCAAUUAGCAAAGAUUCGUUAAAGUAAACUGCGCGUCGGCAAAACGCAAAUAAGUAAAUUGUUGAACUGUUGUUGGUUUUAAUAACUUCUAAAUCAAUGCAAUUUACAGGCGCCGACCAUACACAAACUGCUGGACAGUAUUUUGCAAUGGAAAAUUUAUAAGUGUAAUACAAAUUGAAACUAUUGAAGAAUAUUUAAAUAUAU